AGAGACAAGUGAAAAAAAACCAUAGCACGCAGUGUAUCAUAAUUUUCUAGCCGUCCAAACAAUAAAAAGAUCUAUUUCACCAAUACAUCAUUUCUUUACUUACCGACAACGACUAUGUGCCCACAAAGACGCACAGUGAGAUGCCCACUUCUCCAUUAUUAAUCCUUAUUAAUUCCACUUUAAAUUUCUGCAAGAACCGUAGCCAUUUUUUCAUGUUUGAUAUUAGAAGCCUGCUGGGCAUGGAGUGGUUCUUCACAAGUUUCCCUAUGGUAUCAACCAUCUUCACAGUGUUGGCUUUGGUAGGGUUAUUAGUGGUCUAUCUGUAUGGGCCCUACUGGGGGGUUAGAAGGGUCCCUGGUCCUCCAACAAUCCCUUUCCUAGGCCACCUUCCCUUGAUGGCAAAGUAUGGUCCUGGUGUGUUUUCCAUCCUUGCCAAGCAAUAUGGUCCUAUUUUCAGGUUUCAUAUGGGAAGACAGCCACUGAUAAUUGUAGCAGAUCCAGAGCUAUGCAAAGAAGUUGGCAUAAAGAAAUUCAAAGACAUCCCUAAUAGAAGCAUUCCUUCUCCUAUCAAAUCUUCCCCUCUUCAUCAAAAGGGUCUCUUCUUCACCAGGGAUUCGAGAUGGUCCGCCAUGAGAAACACUAUUUUAUCUGUUUACCAGCCAUCCCACCUGGCCAGCCUAGUGCCCACCAUGCAAACUUACAUUGAUUCUGCAACUCAGAACUUCCAUGACGAAGAAGACAUCACUUUCUCUAACCUUUCCCUCAAAUUGGCAACGGAUGUAAUAGGCCAAGCAGCUUUUGGGGUUGAUUUUGGCCUCUCCAAACCACAAUCAUCUAACACUGAUUCAGUCAGGAACCUUGGUGAAAAUGUUGAAGUCUCUGACUUCAUCAGUCAACAUAUCUACUCCACCACACAGCUUAAGAUGGAUUUAACUGGUUCCUUUUCCAUCAUUAUAGGUUUGCUUCUCCCAACCCUGCAAGAACCUUUUAGGCAGAUUCUUAAGAGGAUUCCAGGCACUAUGGACUGGAAGGUAGAUAGGACUAACAGAAUACUGUCCAGCAAGCUUGAUGAGAUUGUGUCAAAGAGAAUGCAAGAAAAGAACAGAGGGUCCAAGGAUUUCUUGUCACAGAUAUUGAGUGCAAGAGAAUCCCAGCAAGAGUCGAAGAAUGUUUUUUCUCCAGAUUAUAUUAGUGCAGUUACUUAUGAGCAUCUUCUUGCUGGGUCAGCAACAACAGCAUUUACUCUAUCUUCGGUUGUCUAUCUUGUGGCUGGACAUCCAGAGGUGGCAAAGAAGUUGCUUGCUGAGAUUGAUGGUUUUGGACCACAUGAUCUGGUGCCAACUGCUCAUGAUCUCCAGAACAAAUUCCCCUACCUUGAUCAGGUGAUUAAAGAAGCUAUGAGAUUCUACAUUGUUUCCCCAUUAGUAGCGAGGGAAACAUCAAAAGAAGUGGAGAUAGGAGGCUAUCUUCUUCCAAAGGGAACUUGGGUUUGGUUAGCUCUUGGAGUUUUGGCAAAAGAUCCCAAGAAUUUUCCAGAGCCAGACAAAUUCAAGCCAGAAAGAUUUGAUCCUAAUUGCGAGGAAGAGAAACGGAGACAUCCUUAUGCUCUCAUACCUUUUGGAAUUGGCCCCCGAUCAUGUAUUGGCCAGAAAUUCUCCCUCCAAGAAAUAAAACUCUCGCUAAUACAUCUAUACCGGAAAUACACCUUUCAACAUUCCCCUAGCAUGGAAAAACCUUUGCAGCUUGAAUACGGUAUAGUUCUCAACUUCAAGCAUGGUGUAAAGCUUAGAGUCACCAUGAGAACUUAAAAUGGCUGUCAUUCAAUUUGCUCCUUGUAUUUGAGGCCAAAUAAAAAAUAAAAAAUAAAAACAGUUUGCUCCU